AUGUCACCUGCAGAAGAAGAGAAGAGCUUACCUCUCCCAGAGAGAUGGCCCCGAGCCAGCAAAUUCGCUCUGUCAGCCUGUGCAGCGGCUGUGGCAGAACUAGUGACAUUUCCCCUGGAUCUCACGAAAACUCGACUGCAGGUCCAAGGUGAAGCUGCCGUUCAUCGCAAUGGAGCUGCCGCCGGCCGGGCGGUCCCUUAUCGUGGCAUGCUGCGCACCGCAGCUGGCAUCGUGCAGGAGGAGGGCUUACGAAAGCUCUGGCAAGGAGCCACGCCGGCCAUCUACCGCCACAUAGUGUACUCUGGCGUUCGAAUGGUGGCAUACGAACACCUCCGUGACUCCGUGCUUGGCAGGUCUGAGGAUGAAAGCUUUCCUUUCUGGUAA